AGUGCGCCGAGAUGCUUCAGAGCAUCGUUAAGAACCUCUGGACGCCCCUGAGGCCCUACUACACGCAGGUCUACCAGGAGAUCUGGAUGGGCAUGGGGCUCAUGAGCUUCAUCGUGUACAAGAUCAGGAGCGCCGAUAAAAGAAGCAAAGCAUUGAAAGGGUCCAGCGCUGCCCACGGCCAUCACUAGCCAGCUGUGCUGGGAGUGUGAGAGGACGCGUCCGCCCACUGCAGUCGCCGUGUGAGGCGGCGACGUGGAGGUCGCCGUACCUCGCCCGCGCCCCGGCUGCCCUGUGG